ACUGCAAACAAGUAUUGCUUUGGAGCAAAGGUCAGUAACCUUCAUAGGAAUAGUGAUGAUGAUGAUGAUGAUGAUGAUGAUGAUGAUGAUGAUGAUGAUGAUGAUGAUGAUGAUGAUGAUGAUGAUGAUGAUGAUGAUGCUAAUGAUAACGAUAAUGAUAAUGAUAAUGAGGAUGAGGAUGAGGAUGAGGAUGAUGAUGCGGUGAGCAAUGGGGAAGACGACAACAUGGUGGUUGACAGCUUGACAAGCCCAACUCAGGUCUCUCAGGACAGCUCUUCAUUGAUACAUACACCUCCACCUACACGUCGCCUACCUCCACCGCCCACCCUUGCUGAGAAACUUAACAAAUUAAUUCAAGUUAACUUGGAUGGGAUGACAUGCAGAUGUCAUAUUUUCGAGACCACAAAUUACUCGAAAUCGGACUCCGGCACGGUUGCUGAGGCAGUUUUAUCUGCGGUGCUGACAUCAAUGGAGGAAGCCUUGAACAACUCCUUUCACAAGUUGAAGAUCCUCCCUAUCUCCGACGACACUUAUAAACAACAGAACCAGUGGAUCCGGAACUCGGUUGAGUUACGCAACAAAAUUUUGUCCUACCGCGCCCUGAGUCUUCACUGCGAUAUGGAAUAUGGGAAUUCUCCUUAUGCAGCAACCAACAGCAAGCCUGGUGAGAAGAAACUACGUACCCAAAUGCGGGUCGGCUUUGCAAGGGACACGUCGGAAGAGGCGGUACAGGACUGUCUUCACACUGGUCUCCGUUCCCAGGGUCGCGGUGCCGGAUGUUGCCCUUCGCCGCUUCAAUAUGGGGACAUUGUUAAAGUGGGUUGCUUUGCCUUCAUUCCGCCAGAGGUUAACUUUGAAGCCUAUGCAAAAGAAAUCAUGCGUCACUUUGACUUCUCUAUCCCUAUUGGAAUCAAGAUGGAUUGGGUUUCUACACCUUACACAGGACGUGCUAAAUUCAACAAACGUUCCCCCGGUGUAACAAGUCCUCAUGGGUACGCUCGCAAGAUUCAUGCCAAAAGAGUGGACCGAGAAUUAAGAAGCCUUCUUGAUCCAUCCACAGCAAAGCCAGACUUCCCCUUUGCUGCUCCGGCUACAUUUAUUAGUGAUUGGAAGUCUGCUCAACAGGGAUUGAUCAGUGUGAAGGCCUACGGUCCGGUCAAGGAUGCUACCCUCACCCUUAUUAGCAAACUAUGUGAUUACUACAUCCUGACAGAGGUCCUGUAUUUGGUCAUGGAUCUUCCUGGGAUGUUCAAGUUUGCAACGACUACUAUGUUUGGCUCAUGCACCUUGUUUAAGCUUCUCUUGUCGAUCAAGGCAACCCCAGCUCAAGCCGACAAAGCUUCUCAUGCCCCCCAAUCAACAACUGAGGCUGAUGACUCAGACAAUGACUCAGACGAUGACUCUUCUGACGACGAUCCCAAUGAAUCCUCUGGCUCUAAAGGCGGUCAAUUCACAGAAGUUCGGUCUAAGAAGGCGGCAACAAAGGUGAGAAAGAAGGCAAAGAAGAAGAAGAAGUUGAUCACUGAUAAUGAGAAUCCGUUCCUUAACGAUCUCUCCCCCGCCCAACGGAAAAUGGCUGAUGUUGCUGACCGUAAGCUGAAGAAUGAUCAGGUGCGUUACAAGUCCGGUCCGCCGUUCUUGAUGGUUCUACCAGGCGAGAUGGAGGGCACCUACAUCCUGGUGUGUCGCAAGAAGUUUGGACAAUUGGCUCGUAACGUCUUGAAGGGCUUGGUCCCUUUUCUGACUCAUCACCUGUAUGAGCCAACUCUGACAAAAACCGAUCAAGCCCUCCGUAAAUGGGUGCCGCAAUCAGAGAUCAGUAUGGCUCGACGUAAGAACCUCAAAUGGUGCACAAACACACUUUGUGCUGUGGAGGCUACCGCCUUGCCAGACGCGGUUGAGGAAGCACUGGAGUUUCUGGAUGAUGUGAUGGAAGACGCAACGGAUAUGCAGGAACGGGGGCAACAACUGGAAGAUGCCUUCAACGAGAUUGAGAUUUGGGAUAAUGCACUGGAGGCUCAGGAACGCGCCUUGGCACAACAACGUGCGGACAAUGCGGCACUGCAAGCACAGCUUGCUGCACUCCAGAGUCAGGCCAGCCAUCUACCUACCAUGAUGAGUCAGCCAUCUCCCACUCUACCCCAUAACAAUUGCGUGUCUCCUGACCGUCAAGCAUUGACUCCACCGGUCAGAUCUAGCAACAAAACCUUAGGCAAGUCAUCCACCGGGCAGAGCACCAUGGUUCCCAACACAGUGACACAACCAAAGAAGGCCACCAAGCAGGGCAAGCCACCAAAACAACCAGCCAAGAAGGCCCGCACAAGUGCAGGUGUCCAAUUUCAGGAACCAUCUUCUGCCCAACCCUCGGCGGUCUCGGCUGUUCAAGUAGACAUAUCUCACAUGGAAGGGGACAACACUACUGCCGCAUCUCAAGAUGAGAGCCAAACCUCAUCUCUUACUGCGUCUACUCCGCGAGGUGGAGGGUCUCCAUUCUUCUCUCCUCCUCCUGGGAAGGCGCACAGUGAUGGCGCCAGUAAAUCCUCUCGGGAUUGGUCUGGCGAUGAUCACCGCCGUCAUUCCUCACUGGCUACUCGAAUCUGUUUCCAGAAUGUCAACGGAUUACCAGAAAAUGGCAAUGACUCCAAUCAGCAACAGAUCAACUCCUGGCUGAAGGAAGAACAAGUGGGAAUUGCGUUGUUGGCAGAGGCCAAGACGUUUUGGCCUUCUAUCAAUGAAGGUCACGGUUGGAGUGACAGACUCUGCCAAGCUACGAUGAAGUCCCAGCAAAAAGGGUUUUACUUGUCGGUAGCUUACAAUCAGCAUCAGGACAGAUCUGCUGCCACCUCGGCGGUACAAUGGGGCGGGUGCAUUGCAACCGUUUUGAACCAAGUGGCGCACAGGGCUAAGGAAGCUGGCAGAGACCCCACGGGUUUAGGACAAUGGGCCUAUGUUUGUCUCCAAGGAAGGAAGUUGAAAGCCCAUGGGGGUAAUGUUCAGGACUCUUUGGUUGAGGUAAAUGACUUAGUUUGUGGUCCGAUCUCCAAGGACUUGGUGGUGGUCUCCGCGUAUCGUCCCAACAAGCAAGGCCUUGGUGGAUCUACAGUAUGGGCACAACACAGGCUUCACUUUUGUUAA